CAGCGAGCGGUGGGAGGCGGUCCGAGGUGGCGACUGUAAUGCGAUAGCCGCGCCGUCCUGAUGCACUUACACAUACGCGCUUGCCGCAGCAGUCAGGCGCACACACGCUCUCACUCAGACCCACACAGAUCCUGCUCGCAGAAACAGCGGCGGCCAGAGAGCCAAGAGGCAGCGUGGAGACAGUACAGCACAGCAGCGCGCAGUCUCUGGCAUAGCCUACACACCCUCACACACUCACGCACAGAGAGAGUCAGAAGACCAGCGUUGACCCGCCGGGGUUGUAAGUGAAGGGACCUGGGCAACACUUGAAGACCGUUGCCCACAGAAGGUGGGGUUAUCUGCGGCUUGGUUCCUGUCAACAAGGGUCGCCCGGCACCUCGGCAGUUUACAGAAGGGGGCUGACUGCCGCGGAGUUGAAGAGUGGCGGACGGAGAGGAAGCGAAGACGAGGGAGAGGAAAAGAGGAGGGGAGAAGAGAGUACCUCAUGUCACUCGGACUCAGAGGUAACCAGACGCUCUUCUUUACACACUAGAUCGAGGAACUGCAGGACUGAGACAGCGGAGACCCAUCACUUCUCUCCCAGAGUCCCCCCUCUUCUCUCUCCAAUCACCGCUGUCAGUUCAUGGGGAACGUGGAUUGAAAGUUCUACUCCAGGGCACCGGACGCAAAGAUUUCCUGGAUGAUUCACAGACGGCUUUUGGUUUCAUGAAAAUGUGGUGUUAAACAACUAUUCCAGGAACAACGUCUACGAAGUUCCUCGGGAGAGACGAGAGGAAGGAAGGAGGCGACUGCUACACACACCCCAGCCACACAAACAGCCCGUCCUGGGUACGCUUGCUUCCCCGCGCAAGCAGCGACGUUUUGAGGCAAGCUUUUGGGGAGAUUUCUGGAGGCUGUGAAAACAGCCUUUGGGUGACGGAUCACCCACCAAGAUGGAUUUACUCACAUGGAUCUUUGGAUAUUUAUUCGCACUAUGCUUGUCACCGUUACGUGCUGAAGAAGCGGCGGCGGGGGCAGCGGCGGGGGCAAGCGAGCCGUGUGGCGGGCGUCUGGAUGCCACGGACGCGGGCUACAUCACCACCCCGGGCUACCCGCUGGAGUACCCGCCCCACCAGGACUGCCGGUGGGUCAUCACGGCGCCCGAGCCCUCUCAGCGCAUCGUCCUCAACUUCAACCCACACUUCGAACUGGAGAAGCUCGACUGCAGGUAUGACUUCAUUGAGAUCCGAGACGGUCACAGUGAGGCUGCGGACCUGCUGGGCCGGCACUGCAGCAACAUCGCCCCCCCUGCCAUCAUCUCCUCGGGACCCGUCCUGCACAUACGCUUCGUGUCCGACUACGCCCACCAGGGGGCUGGCUUCUCACUACGCUACGAGAUCUUCAAGACAGGUUCUGACUGCUCCCGGAACUUCACCAGUCUCUCGGGGGUGAUCGAGUCCCCUGGCUUCCCCGAUAAGUACCCCCACAAUCUGGAGUGCAACUUCAUCAUCAUCGUGCCGCCCCACAUGGACGUCACCCUGACCUUCCUGACCUUUGACCUUGAGAACGACCCCCUGCAGGGCGCCGAGGGGGAGUGCAAGUACGACUGGCUGGAGAUAUAUGACGGCCUGCCACAAGUGGGUCCCCUGAUUGGCCGUCACUGUGGCACUAAGAUCCCCCCCGAGAUCCGCUCCUCCACGGGCAUCCUGUCCCUCUCCUUCCACACCGACAUGGCUGUGGCCAAAGAUGGCUUCUCCGCACGCUACAACAUGACGCACAAGGACGUCAGCGACAAUUUCCACUGCAGCAAUGCACUGGGCAUGAAGUCGGGCCUCAUCUCCGACGACCAGAUCUCGGCCUCCUCCGUCUUCUACGACGGCCGCUGGAACGCGCAGCAGGCGCGCCUACACAACGAGGACCACGGCUGGACACCCAGCACCGACACCCAGAAGGAAUUUAUACAGGUGGAUCUGCAGUUCCUGAAGCUGUUGACGGGCAUCGCUACGCAGGGCGCGGUGUCCAAGCAGACCCAGAAGCAGUACUACGUCACCAGCUUCAAGCUGGAGGUCAGCACCAACGGGGAGGACUGGAUGGUCUACCGCAACGGCAAGAACCACAAGAUAUUCCAUGCCAACAGUAACCCCACCGACCCGGUUCUGAACCGUAUCCCUCAGCCGGUGUUGGCCCGCUUCGUCCGGAUACGCCCCCAGACCUGGAAGACCGGCAUCGCCCUGCGCUUUGAGCUGUACGGGUGCCAGAUCACAGACCAGCCGUGUAGUGAGAUGCAGGGGAUGUUGUCCGGAGCGCUCCCUGACUCCCAGAUCCUGGCGUCCUCCAUGAGGGACCUGCACGCCCCCACUGGAGUGGCCCGCCUGGUGGCCAGCCGCUCCGGAUGGUUCCCCUCCCCCGCACAGGCACAGGCCAAGGACGAGUGGCUACAGGUGGACCUGGGCGUGACGAAGGCGGUGCGUGGCGUGAUCACCCAGGGGGCGCGCGGCAUGGACGGGGGCUCCAGCACGGAGAGCAGGGCCUACGUCAAAAAGUACCGGCUGGCACACAGCCUCAACGGCAAGGACUGGACCUACCUCAUGGACACCAAGACCAGCCAGCCCAAGAUCUUCGAAGGGAACACCCAUUUCGACACUCCCGAGAUCCGGCGCUUCAACGAGACGAUAGCCCAGUUCAUACGCAUCUACCCAGAGCGCUGGUCACCCGCCGGCAUCGGCAUGAGAAUGGAAGUAUUGGGCUGUGACCUGCCAGAAUCCACCACGGUUCCUGGAACAACGUCCCCAACUCUGCCACCAGUGGAAACCACAACGACUCAGAAGGCUUCACACAUGUACCCCUCCAUGUCACCGUGGCUCGGUGGCCUGUGUGACUUUGAGCAGAGUCUGUGCGGAUGGUCACAUGACCCAAUGACGCCCCUCCAUUGGUCGCUUCACAGUGCCUCCUCCCCCAUUGCACCCGCGCCCAGCCUGGACCUCACGCUCGCCUCCGACGACUACGGUAACUUCCUGUACCUGGAGGCGGGCCCCAAGCUGGAGCAUCAGCGUGCCCGGCUGCUGAGCCCGUCCCUGGGGCCGGACGUGGGGCCCCUCUGCCUGCUCUUCUUCUACCGGAUCGAGGGCCCAGAGGCCCAGGGCCACCUGCGCGUCAUGCUGCGCGACCACCAGCAGGAGGAAACACUGCUCUGGAGCCUCCGGGGCGACCAGGGCCCGCUGUGGAGGGAGGGCCGCACCAUACUGCCGCAGUCGCCCAACCAGUAUCAGGUGGUGAUUGAAGGCUACUUUGAGCACGGCAACAGAGGCAGCAUCUGGAUAGACAACAUCCACAUGAGCUCCAACACAGAGCUGGACCAGUGCACCCAGCCGCUGUCAGCCGUGCCUCCUGAUUGGACGGAGUCGAGAACUGUUGACUUCAGAAACAACCGACUGUUCAAUGGGGGGCGUGGUCAAGGAGGCCUCCUGCUGUCCGACUGGACCACCCCGGUUGCCGGCGCCGGGUCGGCCAUCCCGCCCGUGACGCGUGUCCCCUCCUCCUCAGGUGGUGGUCUGUCGGAUCGUGACGCGGCCAACGCCUGGCUGUACUCGCUGGACCCCAUCCUGCUGACCAUCAUCGUCAUGAGCUCGCUGGGCGUGCUGCUGGGCGCCGUGUGCGCCGGCCUGCUGCUCUACUGCACCUGCUCCUACCACGGCCUGCAGUCGCGCUCCUCCACCACCCUGGAGAACUACAACUUUGAGCUGUACGACGGCAUCAAGCACAAGGUCAAGAUCAACCAGCAGAGGUGCUGCUCCGAGGCCUAGUCAGCCCUAGGGGGGCGCUGUGGGGAGCAGGAGGAGGAGAUGGAUGGAGGACAUGGAUGGUGGAUGGUGGAGGAAGAGAGAGAGAGAGAGAGGAGAGAGACAGGACUGGUUGGUAGAGAGAAGGAUUUGUCCCUCUCUUUCUCUCUCGCUCUCUCUCUCUCUCUCCCUCUCUCUAUUUGGAAUCGAUGGAAGACAAGAACUGAAUGGAUGGGAAGCAUGAGGAUGUUAUACCAAGCGGAGGAGAGGAAGAGAGAAUGAGAGAGGGGGAAGAAUGCUGGAGAUAAACCUCACACUUUUUCUCUCUCUCUUUCUCUUCCUUCUUCCCCCGUCUUUUGCCUUUCUUUUGUGGAUGAUGAGGAAAGUCGACGAUAGGACGUGUAAAACAAAGCAUUUCCCUUUAGUUACUGCUCCAUCUCUCCAUGGUAUUCGUACCAGUCCAAAACCCUCGCCUUUUUUUUUCAUCGCCAUAUGUUUUGGCAGAGAUAGGGGGCGCUACAGAGUCAAACUUAAAGCCCCCCUUGCCUCAUUCCAGCUGCUUGUUGUUGCUGUUAAUUUUGUAUUGCUUUUCUCAUGUUGCCGUCCACCUCAAACACAAUGAGCUCAUACAAGACUGUGAAAGAAUCAUAUUUUUCCAUCCAAAAGGACCCUAGCUGGGCUUCACUCUAUACCCAGUGAGGUCUCUCAAACCUGGGGGUGAAAGGACAGAUUGACCCCCCUCCACCAUUCCACCCACAAGCUGAUUUUUUUAAUUAUUAUUAUUAUUUGUUUUCAUAAAAAGAAGCCAAGAUAAAAAAAAAAAUGGUAUGAAGACAUAUCACUCAGAAUGUCUAUUCCCCCAACCCCAACUCAAACAAAAAGACACAUAUGAAAGUGGAUUACUAUGAAGACUAAGACACAAAUGUGUAUGACUUUAGAUUUCUAUAUAAAAAGAAGAAAAUGAAAACAAACAAACAAAGAAUAAGAACUUGUCUCUCUUUGAGGGGAGCCUAAGGAGAGUAGUCGGGAGCAGCAGUAGGACUUGUGUUCAGCGCUAGCUCCGCUCCUGGACUCUUGUGUCGUACAAAGCAGUGGCCUAGAUGAUUGUGGACAGUUUCGUUCAUUAGCUUUAGGUUCGUUCUUUAGACUUGUGUUUGAAACAAAAAAAACAGAUCAGCAUUGUUUAUUUGUUGUUUUCGCUUUAGCUUUAUUUUAUUUGUUUCAUAUGUUCUAUUUUUUUCUAAAUCUCGGUGUACAUGCUGUAGUCAAGUUUUGGCAUUGCUUGGGUUCUAGUCGAGCCCGAGGUUUAGAUCAUUGCUGGUUUUGAUUCCUUUUUUUUUGUUUUGUUUUGUGUGACGUUGCUUUAUGUCAGUCGUACAGUUUUUAGUUGUACCUGUAGGUGACACGUGUGACUGUUUAUUAUGCGGUCUCUAAAUCUAGACAGUCUCCAAGUUAAGACAACUCAGAAGGAAGGACUCUUCAGAAGGGUCAGAAGUAGAACUUUGGUCUUUUUUAUUAUGAUUAUUAUUGUUGUUGUUUGUAAUUAUUAUUAUUAUUAUGAUUAUUUUUAUUUGGUUCGUUAUUUUUUUCGAGUUUGUUCCCUCUCUUCUACACAGUGUGUGACUGUGCGAUAGCCGAUUGGGUUCUUCGAUACCGCAACCUAUGGAUUGCAGAGACACUGUGUGGUUAGUGUUCAGAUUGGCAAGCAGGGCAAAAAGAGAAACACACGCACAGACGCACACACACACACACACA